AUGAAGAUAUCACUGAAACUCCAAGACCAGCAUAGUCACGGCGAGGGCUGCUGUCAGCCGCCGCCACUCCUCCUCCGCGCCAAAAUCCCUGUAACAAUCUUCAACCUCCCUUUCCUUUCCCAUUUCUCCACCACCACCGCACACCCCUCCGACAUCUCCCUCUCUCUCUCUACCAACUUCCCCUCUUUCCCCUCUCUCAAACUCGCCUACGCCGCCACCGCCGCCUCCACCUCCCCUCUGCUCACCGUCACUCUCAAAUCGGGCUCCGGCCUCUUCGGUUCCCCCAAAAACUCCCCCCUCGUCAUCUCCGCUCACUUCUCCUUCAACCCCAGCAACCCAAACCCUACCUUCUCUCUCCUCCUCAAGCCGCGGCUCGGCUCUUUCUCUCUCCGUAAAUCCACCUCGUCUCACCCGGAAGAACCCCCGACCGGAUUCGACUCAACGACCUCCUCCAUGGGGUUCGUGCCUCUGGAAAGUCCUCCUUCUCCGGCGAAGGACCUUCCAGUGGAGAAAUUCAGGGGAAAUUGUUCCAUCCUCCGCAAGAUGCAGCUGGCAGCGAGAACGCUGAUGCCGGUGUCCAAUAGAGCCGAGUUGAGUUUCAGGUGGCGGGUGAAUUUCGCGGCCAACCAAAUGCCGGUUUUGAGAAUUAACAAAAUUGGUAUUCAGAGGGUCGAUUUUGGGGGAGGUAAUAAUGAUAAUGAUGAUAAUGAUUACGAUGUGCAGAAUAGGAAGACGAAAGGUGGUCAGGGGAAUUCCGGCGAAUUAGAGGUGCUAAAGGGGAUGUUCUUUUGGAUGAAAAAUGAGUUGGAUGCUUUAUCGAGAGCCAACAGUGAAAUGAAGCGCGAAUUGGGUGAAAUGAAAACGGGCCGUACGGGCCGGGUUGAUAUGCUGCACUGUGUGGAUAACUCUUCUUCUUCUUCAGCCGAGCUCGAGCAGUGGAGGAGCAAGAGGAAGGGCAGAGGGGAAAGAGAAGAGAGUGGGAAAAAAGAAGAUAAGAAGAGUGAGGUUUGUGUUGCCAAUGAUGUGGAGAGUGAGUUGCAAAGAGCUAUACAGGCCGCGGCUAGUGCUGCUUCUCAGUAG